GCAGGAUGCGACUCAGCUUGUCAAAAAGAGUGCAUCGAGGUUAUUAAUAAGUAUCGCCUUAACCAUCGUGCAAAGAAAAUUGUCUUCUCGCAAUUUCUGGCCGAUAAGGCACAGAAAUGGGCUGAUGGUGGAACGUUUGGAUAUGACAUGAAAUCUCGAGGCAAGUACGGCCAGCUUAUUGAAUGGGAUGUAAAGAACGAACUACAGAAUUUCACGACAGUUAUCAAACACUGGCAUGACAAGGAAAGGGAUUUUGACUUUGCUUCCAGCCAAUCAAAGACAGGGAAAACACUUCAUGACUUUACGCAGAUCGUUUGGAAAAAGGCGGGAAAAGCAGGCUGCGCACAAAGCGAGAUAUUUGGGUCAAAGUAUUACGUAGUUUGGAUGGAUUCUGAUGGAGUUGUUAAUCCAAAUAUGCAAGCGGGUGAAGAAAAUAUUGGAUCUCCGAAAGAGGUAUUUUUGGCCUUUUUAUAAUGAAAUUUACAAAAAUGUAAGAGAAAACCCCUUAUUCAAACAAUUAGCAUUGUGUGCAGAAACGUUGUCCCUGGAAAUAGGAUCACCUCAGUUAACUUUAGCGACCCUUUGCCUAGUGAGCCAAGAGCUGACAAUAGCGCUUGUCCAAGGUCUGAUUGCCCCGCCUUGAUCAGGUUUGCCCUGAACGGCCCGCAAAAGUAGUGAUAUGGAGAAAAAUAGGCCUAAUAAGGUUGGUGACUACAUCGUAGAAAAAGGGUGACCCGGCUAGGUGGGUCACCUUUUAAGCCGCACCAGCUUUCCGCUUUUCGUGUAAACGGUGCGAGUGACCCUACCAGAGAAACGUUUUCUUCAUGCAAACGGGACGUCAGUGUUUUUGAACUUCUAGUAUUUAAAUCGCCGGUGGGGGAAAUCUCUAUCACUUAUAAGCUCGUUGGCUUCUCGGAGAUUUCCCCACCACAGUCACCUUCCCAGCUGUUUACUAAUUUUAAUUUAAUGUUAUUUAUCUAUUUGUUAUGUUUUUACUUCUACUUGUUGUUAUUUAUUUUGUGUGGCAAAAUGAAAAUAAAUAAAUAAUUAAAUAAAAAUGACAGUAGAAGUUAAGUAUAACAGAUAAUUAAAUUCAGUAAUGCACUUUUCUUAAACGUUAAACGAUGGAGUUAAUUUCUUAGAGUACUCCUAUUCAUAUAUCAUGUUAGCUUGCACUCAAAUUUAUGUUGAAUUGUUAAAGCUAAUUACAAGUUUGACAAAAGCCCGAUAUAAAAAAUCAAUAAGUUGUAUUUUGACCGUUUCCUUAGGACGAUCUUCACUGGUAUGAAACUUCCUCUGAUCUGUAUAAAAAACCUGAACCUAACAAGUUAAAGCCUUCAAGGUUGCACGAAGGAACGUCUUCAACAAGGGAAUUUGUGGAGCCUGGGAAGUCAAAAUCUAGCGGCACGAAAAGAAAUGGUUUUAGGGCACCAAAUAAACGAGUAGGUGCUGCUGAUUUGAACGAGGUACAAGAGGAAGAGAAAGUGUUGAACAAUAACGCUAUUUUAAAACAAUAUCUUUUUCAAGACAGCCUUAACAAGAUAGUUUUGAAUGAAAACAAGGAAACCGCAAGUUACCGUGUGGUCCCAGGUGCAAAAGAUGACGCCAACUGGCAAAAAGGAGCAGAGAGCCUAAUUCGUUUAGACACAAGUAAACCAAAAUCAAGCAGCGAAAAACAGAAUGGUGACAUGGCUACAGUUCCAGCCGAUGCAGAGGACGACAGAAAGGACGCAGCCAAGUUCCAAUCUUUGGUAAUCCAGGACGAUGACAUGUUGACUAAGGACGAAGAAGAUGACAACGGAACGCUGUCUUCACAGGGAAAUAAUGGUGAUGAGUUUGGAGCAGACGAAAACAAUCAAGCAGCUGCCAUUCAGUCUAUGAUGAAGCAAGAAGAUGACAUGAUACAAAAUCAAGACGGUGAAGGGGAAGAAGAGUAUUCGGGGAAUAGUUCCAAGCUAAAGGGGUUCCAGACUAACAGUACUUCCUCGAGCAAUUUGGGCGGGAACUCUACUACGUAUUAUGCGUCAGGAGUAGCAUUAAACAAAAAUCGAAAUGAAACUGCGUCUAAUAAGCUCAGCGAGAAUCUCCAUUCUGAGCCAGUUGGAGGGACGUCUAAUUCUUCAGUCGUAGAAAAUGAAAUGAAAAAUCAGUCAAUAAACGAUUCUUUUACAAACGGCAUCCUGAAUAGUGGAGGCGAUAAAUCUAAACCCGGUGAUCUUGACAACGCAACGAACACUGCAUUGUUACAGAACGACAAGCUUAUUGACCAGCAGGUGUUGAACAAAUCACAAGCAAUAGUAAAAGAAGAAAAUCGCCAUAAAGGUGAUAUUGGUGCAACUAAUGGAGGCGAUACCGUGGAGGCUGGAUUUAGUUUAGCCCCCGCGACUUCUCAAAAUGGGGUACAUACUGAAAGAAAGCCCGGAAUAAGUGGUACGACAAGCCAGCAAAAGUCACAAUCACUAACUCAGUUUAACGACCAGGUAAACACCGAAAAAACGGAAUACCGGCAAGAAAAAAUGUAUCCUACCUCUCAAGCAAAAGCUAUAUACGUACAACCUCAGCAGACAGUAAAAACGGUGCCUACCAUUUCUGAUAAAGAGUCCACAGAUAUGCCAAAUAGUUCUUUACAAAGUAGUCAAACCACAGGGAAAACUACUGCAGUUCCAUUAACCAAAACGAGCUCCUCCACAGAUCUUGGCUCUUCUCUAACUGAUGUACACCAUGUAAUGUCACCAGCCUUAAUCAAGUUGCCGAGUUCAAACAGUCGUCCCAUCAAGCUUGUAUUUCACGUGAAAGAUAUGAAUUCUAAAAGCAACACUGAAGACGGGUCCCAAGCGGUAUCUGAUUACCAGUCACCAAUCACUGCAGAUGACGUUACUGCCCAUAUGAAUGAUGAUGCAGGUAAAGUUUAUACGUGAAGUAUAACGUCCGUUGAACUUGUACAUAAUAGUCACUAACCAAUAGAUGUGGUUAACGAAUCAUUAAAGCAAACUCUUUGACUCACAGUUCACAAAUGCUAAAGCGUCAGUACGGUUAAUUGUCCAGUAGCUUUGUCAUUUCUAUGGAUACCAGCUCAAGGCUUGCCACUUUAAUAAAGUUAAAAUAGCAGGAAAAGACGGUCAUAGGUCUCUAACAGGAUGCUGCGGCCUUUUAAAGGGGCGGGGGUAGUCUCUUAUUAUAAGUAACAAAUACAGUGUGUAUUUGUAGAAUGGACGAAAAUUGACACUUUAAAAAUUAGCUGCUGAUUGUGACGUCGUUUUAGACAUUCAUUCCAAACUACCUUUAACCUUGUACCACUUUUUAAAUCUUUCGACAAGUCUUACCCUUAGUCAAUUAACCCGGCUUCAUAUUUUUCGAGUGGAAAAGCGUGUGAUGUAUAUUCGCUUCUUAGAAUGCCAAGACGACACCUUACAAUGUCACCUUUGGGCUCAACAUGGUCACUGUAAAGGAAUAGCUUACGCCGAGUUUAUGAAAAGACACUGUAAGGCCACCUGUGGAUAUUGUGGUACGUUUCUUAUUCAAAAAUAACCUUGGUUAUGCUGUGUUGUUAUGUAUGUUUGUAGAAUGCAUCAUUCUGGUUCUCUGCCUUUUCUUUGGUUUACAUGAAAUAUUACUUAUUUCCUCUCGGCUUUCCAAAAGCUCCAUCUAGUUUUAACAAAGCUGGUAUUCGUCCUUGGUUGUACUGUGUUGUUAUGUAUGUUUGCAAAAUGCUUUCGUCAGGGUCUAUGCCUAUGCUUUGGUUUUCGUGAAAUGAUAAUUGUUUCCUUUCGGCUUUCCACAAGCUCCAGCCAGUUUUAACAUCGCUGGUAUUCGUUCUUGUCUAACUCCAUCGAUAUUUGGUUUUACUCUGCUUCCCAAAUGCCUUUCAUAUUGGAUAAAAAAAUGCACUCUAUUUGAGUGUCAAUGUAUUUAGCACGAAAGUACAAAUUGCGAACACUAUUUUAACGUCUCCUACUGGGGACGGGGCCGCCAUUUUACGUGGUCAUCCGAGCCACGCGAAGAACUAGCCAUUUGCAGGGCAAAGGCAGUACCUUCAUUUCUCAGUUAUUUUAAGGCACUGAGUAUUGGUCCGGCCCGGGGAAUCGAACCCGCGACCUCCCGCUCUGCAGUCAAGCUCUGUACCGACUGUGCUAACCCUGCUGCGGAUCCUGACAAAGGCACCCAAUACAGCUUGGUCACCCUCGACUGUGCUUAUUUUCUCAAACGUUUUUACAUUUUGUGAUAUAGGACUUCCAUCCGUCAUCAAAGAAAGCGCAAAGAUUAAACAGCCCAGCAAUCAGUUAACCCAAGACGGUAGGUAUUACUUAAACGAUCGACGAUUAGUGAAGGACAUGAAAUAUACGCAAACAGUUAAGGGAAAAAUAUAAGGUGUUGAAGCGUCAUAAUUGUGGUUCACAAUACUUGGCUAUCGUCAGACAAUUAUAAACAAGCCCUAUCGACUUAGUCGUCUUAUGUGAAUUCCCCUUGGGCAAAUGUCCAAACGAGUUAGUUGGUGAACGGGUACAAUGGUAUCCGCUUAAUAUACGGAAUCUAUCCUUGAGAGUAUAUAUAAACCGUUUACAUAUUAUUUCCGUAUAAACGUGCCAGAUUGUACCUGUUUAAAAUGUUCACUGGAGUGCUGUGGACUUACACUUGAGUCGAUGCAAAAAUGGCAUCAUGGAUGUUCUCAAGACAGAUAACCUACCAUCUUUGUCAUUUUUUUCUCAAUUUAUUCUCACAGAACCCUGUGAGGAUUCACCUACUUAUGAAUUUAGCUGCCCGAGGUGGCAAGCUCAAGGUUACUGUGAGAGAAGGCAAAACGAAAUGAACGUCGUUUGUAGAAAAACAUGCGGUUUUUGCGGUAAGAUGUACAACUUUAUCAUAACCUUCGUGUUUGAUGGCUUGUUUUGACGAUCCCAUGGUAAAUAAAACGAGUUGCAGCUGCCAUUUUAAUGAUUUAUUCUUUUUCGUUUUAGAGCGAGCUGAAAAAACAUCCAGAGCGUCUUCGUCGUCUCAUCCGUCGACUUCUUCAUCACAAUUACAUUAUAAGGAAAACAGCAAGAAACAAGCUCCCAUGAAUUCAAAACAGCCCAUUACGUUUCUAUCUAAACCAAAUUUAAACGAGUUACUGAAAUCAGAAGAGAAAUUGUCUCCGUCAGUUGGCCUCCAGUCGCUAAUUUCUGUUUCAUCCAAAACCCCCAAACAACCCUUUGUUAGUGAAAAUAACCAAGGACCUCCAAAAUUGUCAAGUCUUAAAGCCGUUAGGCCAAUGGGACGUUUAAUGCUUAACCACAGUGUGAACCUUCCGAAGAACUUAAAUGAGUCACUUGUUGUUUCUUCUCCCGAAUUGGACAACAAAACAAUGACUUGGACGGACAUGAAGUUCACUAAAACAGGUUAUAAAGAAAAAUCAGGUUGGAAAAUUUCUGACAAGUCCUUUCCCACACAGUUUCCCACACAGUCUGAUGUAUCGGCGAAUUUUCCUAAUGACAUCAAAAUGAAGGAUCAGUUGAAGCAAAACUCAUCAAGAUUGCCAACAGCUCAAGAUCAGGGCGUCACCGAUAAAGCCGGAAAGUUUUUGUUAGCGCCACCAGUUAAAAUGAAUUUGCCAUCUUCAAGUGGUUUCAAGCCCCAAGUAACUUCCCCUUCCCUGUGGCUAAAGACUUUUCCAAGCCAACAGUUGAUUUCACAGAAUGAAGAUAAAGUAAUAGAAAACGGCAUAAAAGCGCUGCAACGUAAAUUGCAGGCUCCUUUAGAAAUAAGUGCAGUUGCAAAAAGUAUCCCUGGAUGUGGGAGGAGACUAUGCAAAGAGAGACCUAACACUCAACAAGCAAAAACCAGAGAAACCAUUGGCAACCGAGGUAAAGAAACAUUUAUAGUAUUUUGUUUUUGUAGCUAUUUGCAGAUGUGUGGGAUUGUAAGAUUGGAUCGGUCAAUUUAGUCAUCAAGUUUGGUAGGUUUAGUAAAUAUCGAAAGUCGUCUAAAUCAGGGACAGAAAAAAAACGCCUUUGUAUUGUGUUUACGUCUUCCAUAAACCGCCGAAAAUGUCGCAUUAGGAAGUUCACGUUUUUGUUGAGCAGCAGCAAUAAAUUUAACACAACGUGUGAUGCACAUGCAGUACUGCUCAUUUCGUUAUUAAGCCUAUUUCCUUUCCAACGUUCUUCUGCAUGAUAGAAGACGUUAGACGCCCGGAAAUGACCUUAUCCCAUUUUGAUUAUUUAACCUAGUGUUGGAUGCUAUGACAGAAAGUAAGAUCAGUGGGCCUGUUUCAACAAAAGGUAAGAAGUGAUCUUUUGGAAUUCACAUACAAAGGAGGCUCACAUAGGAAGUUCGCAUAGCCCGACAUUAACAUCAUGUUUGAAGAUAAAACUGAUUUUGCAUCAAGGGAAAUAUGACCAUGUCCAUGACGUCUUUUUUUCCCAUCGCCCUCUCUUUCGUAACGGUUGGACGGUAGGCUGGUCUGUCGGGGAAAAGAAAGGGAAGAGAAAAAAAAAGGUCAUAACGUGGGAGUGGUAUCAAGCUGUUCAGGCUGAAAAACAAGUUGUUUCCUUAGAAAUUCCUGAAUUCAUAACCACCAACAUGCAGAGAAAGCGACGACAGAAUUGCUCGUUCAAUAUAAAACAAUUGCAUUUUUUCCAGGUUGUGACGAGUCCUGCCAGAAGGAAUGUCUGGAUGCCCAUAAUCGGUAUCGUCUGAAUCAUGGUGCAUCGCCACUUGUGCUGGAUCAGAAGUUAGCGAAUCAGGCGCAACAGUGGGCUGAUAAGAAGGUUUUCAAACAUUCUCCUUGGGCAGGGGGGCAGGGUGGGGAGACUAUUGCACUUGGCAGUCUUUACCCAUCGUUCACCGCGGCAGUCAAAGCGUGGCAUGACGAGGAGAAGGAUUAUGAUUGGUCUUCUGGAGAGGGGCUGGGUGGUAUGAAGGUCAAUCACUUUACCCAGGUAUGUCAGGGAACUUUGCACUUGUGAAUUUUAAGGAAACCAGGGAUCUGUUCAAUGCAGGGCUAGGCUAGGAUUACCAAGAACUUCCAAUCACGUCUACCGUGGAGUAAAAUAUAGAUAAAUGCAAUCAAUAUUUUACUUUUAGGUGUGUUAUACUUCAAUAUUGUUUUUUAGGUUGUUUGGAAAGGAGCACAUUUGCUGGGUUGUGGUAAAACUUUAGUCAAUGGAGAACCAUACUACAUUGCUCAGAUGGAUACCCCUGGGGUCAUAACUGGCGAACCGGGCUUUGACAGGUUAAAUGUGGGCAAACCAAAGGAGGUAAAAAUUGAAGUUCUUCAGCCUUUUGGAGGAAAUAACAAUGAGGCUGGUCAUAAGUUUUGAAAAACACCCUUAUUCACUUUUGGCAUAGUCAUGUUAUGAAGCCGUAGCCCAAAUUCAUUUUCUCCCCAAAGGGCCUCUCUAUAUAGGUGUGCUAAUCCGGUUAGCCAGGCUGGCCCGCUAUACCGGGCUGGCUCUAAGUCUCUGUUAUGUUUAUAUGAGGAGAGCGAUCCUGGUUCGAGCUGCGGGGUCUUGGGGGCAAGCGGGCCAGCCCGCCUUCUAAGCUCGAAAACUUGCCCACUGAAGCUGGCUAGCAACAUUUGAUGCUCGUUAUUUAUUGACUGUUCAUUGACCUUUUCGAUUUCAAACAGCUUCUCAUCAGACAGGUCAAAUUGGACAGUUAUUAAGCAACAAACAAAGGUCUGAUGAUAACCAAUCCGGUUAAAGAGUUUGUUAUUGACACAAUUAGAGAAACAACUCAGUUAUGUUUAUUGUUUCUUUUUUCAUUAGCCCGACUUGUAUUGGUUUAUGGAUAGCUCGCCAUAUUGGAAAGAGAUGCAGACAAAGGAUUCUAUACCAAAAAAUAUUGAACAUCUAAUACUAAAAUAG